AUGAAUUUCGACCAGAUCCUCUCUGCCAUCGGAGGCUUCGGGAAAUAUCAGAAAAUUUUGUACAUAUGGAUUUGUUUACCCCAGAUCCUCCUCGCCUUCCACAUGAUGGUGAGCAUCUUUACCGGAGCCACGCCACCGCAUCACUGCCGAGACAACUCGAGCUCAGUAGCCGGGAAUAAGUCCUUCUCCCCGGGCACACUCAGCCUGAACUUCAGCCUCUCGGAUUCCCCCUGCUUCUCUCCCGAUGUCAUGCUGCAGGGAAACCGGACUGAGCGCGUCCCAUGUGGCCAUGGAUGGGUGUACAGUCAGGAGACCUUCCAGAGCACUACAGUCACCGAGUGGGACCUGGUGUGCGACAAAGCUGGACUCAACAGUCUUGGAUCAUCUAUCUACAUGUUCGGCCUGUUGGUGGGAUCCGUGGUGUUUGGAGCCAUGGCUGACAGGUACGGCCGACGCUUCAUCCUGCUGCUGUCCAUCGCCCUUCAGACUGUGUUUGGAGUCGCUGUGGCCUUUGCACCCAACUUCCCUGUCUAUGUGAUUCUUCGCUUUGUAGUUGGCACCACGAUCUCUGGAGUCAUCAUCAAUGCUUUUGUACUUGGCACUGAGUGGACAUGCACCAAGAGACGCAUGCUGGCUGGCAUCAUCACGGACUAUGCCUUUGGCCUGGGCUACAUGCUGCUAGCAGGUGUAGCAUACCUGAUACGAGACUGGAGAAAGUUGCAACUGGCCAUCUCAGCCCCGGGCUUCCUGCUCAUCUUCUAUAUAUGGGUGGUCCCUCAGUCUGCCAGAUGGUUGUUGGCCAACGACAGGAGAGAGGAAGCCAUCGCACUCCUCCGCAAGGCAGCACUUGUCAAUGGAAGAGUUUUACCUCCCGCUGCACAGGUUGCGAAGUGUGAGAUUUUAGCUGGAGGGAAGCGAAGUUACUCGGCAGUGGAUCUCGUACGAACACCUCAGAUGAGGAAGAGGGCUAUCAUCUUGUUCUACAUCUGGUUUGUGAAUGUGCUGGUGUACUACGGCCUCUCACUGGGUGUGUCCAGGUUAGGGACAAACCUCUAUCUCACCCAGUUCGUGUUCGGGUUGGUCGAGAUCCCGGCUCGUUCUCUGGUCCUGCUCGUUCUGCCCUGCAGCCGCAGACUCUCCCAGAGCAGCUUCCUGGCUGUUGGAGGGCUCGCCUGUCUGCUAAUGCUCACUGUCCCUGCAGAUCAUCCCAAUGUCCUCACUGGUCUCGCCAUGGUGGGGAAGUUUGGUAUAACUGCUUCCUUUGCUGUAAUUUAUGUGUACACUGCUGAGAUAUUCCCCACUGUGCUACGACAAACGGGAAUAGGUGUCUCCUGCAUGUUUGCGAGGAUGGGUGGUGUGUUAGCACCCAUCAUCAACAUGCUUCAUAACCACAGCCCCACCACGCCUUUGGUCAUCUUCGGUACCUCCCCGCUGCUGGGUGCUGUUCUGGCCCUGGCACUGCCAGAAACCGCCGACAGACCUCUUCCUGAUACAGUGGAGGACGCAGAGAACUGGGACAUGAGGUCUCCUUGCAACAAGGACAACACUGAGAUGUGUGAGGAUAUUAGCCAAUCGGCCAGCAGCACAGAGGAACAGGAGCUACGACAUCUAGCAAGCCAGACCUAA